CACACUUACGAACGGGUAUACGAUCACGGAAGCUAGCCAACUAAAUUCGGCGCAUUGCUUUGAUAGACAGAUGUUCCUCUUCUUGGGCGCAUGCAUGGCACACAUAUGCUCUCUGCAAUACACCGAAAGUUAUUGUACAAGUCUUAUGCCUUGAACAGGAGUUUCGGGCCACGGUGGAGUGUUUACCGGCUUCGGGUGGGGUGCAGAGUACUGGACUGCAGUGUUGUCCAAGUUGUCUGUUACCGGUGCGCGGAUGCAUGCGGUCACGUGGGUGGCGCGUCAGUUAUGCGGCUGGUCGUCGAGAACCACCACUGUGAUUCGUCCUGCGCUCACAAGGAUAUGCCAAGCGAAUACCCAGGUCUGACUCCGACAGCACGAACCUUACCUACCCUUGUAGGCUAGAGCUCGAGCCUUGUCUACAUAGGGCGGCCUCGCAGACAAUAAAAGGAUUCAAAACAGGAUAUGCUGGCGGGCGGGCGCUGGGUCUCCCAGUCAGGCUGUCGCGCAGCAG